UGGAGUCGCCUCCCGUGACUCCUUUUGUGCGACCGCCUCCGCCCCAGCCGCCUCUAGCACCCGGGCAUUUGGAGGCCGCUCUCUCUUCCUCUGUGAGGCUGGCGGAGUACUCUAUGGUUCUGACGAUCGUUCCUCACCCCCACACCCCCUCCUGGCCUUGAGGCCCAAAGAGUACCAUGGAGAGUUGUGGAGCAGAGUGGCAUAGCCUUCUUGGUGGGUGUGGCGGGAAGUAGAUGAAACAACUCGGGGGCCGGGCGAAGCAGCGCUUCACUGAAGAGCGAAGGGGUGAAACCAUCGAGAGGGAGGGCCAGAGAGUCAUGGCGGUAAGGGGCGGGGGAGUGACCGAUUAUUCCAAACCCCGCUGCUGGAGGUCUUGAAAACGCCUUGGGGCCUGUAAGAUUCAGUGUUUUCCUUUCAAGAUGCCCCUCUCAGACUUUGUUCUGGCCCUGAAGGACAAUCCCUACUUUGGGGCUGGAUUUGGGCUGGUGGGUGUGGGCACAGCCCUGGCCCUGGCCCGGAAGGGUGCCCAACUGGGUCUGGUGGCAUUCCGGCGCCAUUACAUGAUCACACUGGAAGUCCCUGCUCGAGACAGGAGCUAUGCCUGGCUGCUUAGCUGGCUCACUCGCCACAGUACCCGAACUCAGCACCUCAGUGUCGAGACUUCGUACCUUCAGCACGAGAGUGGCCGCAUCUCCACUAAAUUUGAAUUUGUCCCCAGCCCUGGAAACCACUUUAUCUGGUAUCAAGGGAAAUGGAUCCGGGUGCAACGGAGCCGAGAGAUGCAGAUGAUAGACCUGCAGACGGGGACCCCCUGGGAAUCUGUCACCUUCACGGCUCUGGGCACUGACCGAAAGGUCUUCUUCAACAUCCUGGAGGAAGCUCGAGAGCUAGCCUUGCAGCAGGAGGAAGGGAAGACAGUGAUGUACACAGCCGUGGGCUCUGAAUGGCGCCCCUUUGGCUAUCCACGCCGCCGCCGGCCACUGAAUUCUGUGGUUCUAGAACAGGGUCUGGCUGACCGAAUUGUCGGAGACAUCCGGGAAUUCAUCGAUAACCCCAAGUGGUACACUGACAGAGGCAUUCCCUACAGACGUGGCUACCUGCUUUAUGGGCCCCCUGGUUGUGGAAAGAGCAGUUUUAUCACAGCCCUGGCUGGGGAACUGCAGCACAGCAUCUGCCUGCUGAGUCUCACAGACUCCAGCCUCUCUGAUGACCGGCUCAACCACCUGCUGAGCGUGGCACCGCAGCAGAGCCUGGUGCUCCUGGAGGAUGUGGAUGCUGCCUUUCUCAGUCGAGACCUGGCUGCGGAGAACCCAGUGAAGUACCAAGGUCUAGGUCGUCUCACUUUCAGCGGCCUGCUCAACGCCUUGGAUGGCGUGGCUUCCACUGAGGCACGCAUCGUGUUCAUGACCACCAACCAUGUUGACAGGCUCGACCCUGCCCUGAUACGCCCUGGGCGAGUAGACCUGAAGGAGUACGUGGGCCACUGCUCACGCUGGCAGCUGACCCAGAUGUUCCAGAGGUUCUAUCCAGGGCAAGCAGCUUCCCUGGCCGAGACCUUUGCAGAUCAUGUCCUUCAAGCUACAACUCAGAUUAGCCCUGCCCAGGUGCAGGGCUACUUCAUGCUUUAUAAAAGUGACCCUGCAGGGGCAAUUCACAAUGCGGAGUCUCUGAGGAGGUGACAACUGGGCUGUGCCCAGCCCUCUCCUCCUCUAGGAGAUCAAUAAACACCUGU